ACGACGUAGCAUAAUAACAAAAAAAUCAAAAUCAGAAGAAGGAGUAAAAAAACGCACACACAAAUAUUCGCAUCUCUUGUAGAUCUACUGCUAACCCUUCGGUUCCUCCCUUCAUCAAUUCUAUCCUCUUCGAUCUCCACCUCCGAUCCGUCGUCGCAGAUUGUGAAUUGAAUGGAAGGAACUGGAGGCAGCAGUGCCUCUGCUGCUGCUGCGCAACCUGUGAAUCAACGGUUGCAGGAAUUUUCGAAGCUAUUUCAAUAUUAUUUGGAUAAAUCUACGCCGCACUCGACGUAUAGAUGGAUUGGGACUUUUGUUAUUGCAUCUAUAUAUCUUUUGAGGGUUUUUUAUAUUCAAGGAUUUUACAUUGUGUCUUAUGGACUGGGAAUCUAUAUGCUGAAUCUGUUGAUUGGGUUUCUCUCACCUUUGGUUGAUCCUGAGAUGGAGCCUUCUGAUGGACCUUUGCUACCAACUAAAGGGUCGGAUGAGUUCAAACCGUUCAUCCGCCGCCUUCCUGAGUUUAAGUUCUGGUAUUCUUUCACAAAAGCUUUCCUAAUUGCAUUUUUGAUGACUUUCUUCUCUGUAUUUGACGUUCCUGUCUUCUGGCCAAUAUUACUCUGCUACUGGGUUGUUCUGUUUGUCCUUACAAUGAGGCGCCAGAUUGCACACAUGAUCAAAUACAGAUAUAUUCCAUUCAACUUGGGAAAACAGAAAUACGGUGGGAAGAAAUCUUCUGGAAGUAGCAUUGGCUCUCGAGCAGACUGAAGCUUUGCUGUGUCAUGAUUUGAAGAACACAGAUCUCAAAGUUAGGUUUUGUGGGCAUUCAGGGUACUUGUUUUUCCCUUUUAUUUGAAGGAAUUUGUAGUCAGAGUAUUAAGGAUGCCUAUAUGCAGUUACAGAAAGUAUUCGUUUUAUGGUUUUAUGAUACCAGAAGACAUGCUAAUGCUGGUAGUGAACUUCAUUGUUGAUAUAGUUUUAGAUUUAUUGCAAUUUUAGUCUUGUAUUGCCAUUGGACAGAUUCUCACAGAACCUUGAUUUUUCUCCUACUCGGGAUAUUUCUAUAUUGCUUUUGAA